AUGCCUGAAGCAUCUGUACUGCCAAAAAAAUUCUCCGAGGGUCCUCACGGUUUAGGAGACCCUAAUGACAAGAGUCUCAGGAAAGUUGAAGUUGAAGUUGUCAUUCCUAAACUGAUAAGAGAAAAAGCCAAAACUGAAAAAUGUGUUCAAGAAGUUGCAAAAUUUAAUGAAUGUUGCAAAGAGUCUUCUAUACUUAUGGUUUUUAAAUGCAGAGACGAGAAUUCUACUAUGAAAUCAUGCCUAGCAGAGUGGUAUCGUAAUGAAGAAUUUAAACAAAUUUGCACUGAAGAAUAUUUAAAAGAAAGAAGUGAAUACAGAAGAACAGGAAUUAAAAAACCAAUGAAAAGAGCA